AUGUCUUCGGAGAUAUUUCGUUCGCAGUACUCCUCCAGCAAGCUCGUGUACUCGUGCCGGAUGCACGAACCAAUGGUCAGGCACUGGUCCUGCAGCAGCAGCAGCAGCAGCAGCAGCAGCAGUUGCGCAGCAGCAGCAGCAGCAGCAGCUGCCGCCGCCCGCGCCCACGCGACGCGGCGGCAGCGGCGACGCCACCAGCUCAAGCAGCAGCAGCGCGAGCGCUUGGAACGCCAGCAGCAGCGCACACAGCAGCAGCAGCAGCAGCAGCACAAGCAGCAGCAGCAGCAGCAGCAGCAGCAGCAGCAGCAGCAGCAGCACCUGGUCGAAGUACUUCUGAAGGCGCUUGUCGUAUUUGCCCCGAAUGGCACUUUUAAUAACUUCCACAAAAUCCGUUAUGGCCGUCCACAGCAGCUGCGCGCGGUCGCGGGACUCCAGAGGCACUCCCUGCAGCAGCAGCAGCAGCAGCAGCAGCAGCAACAGCAGCAGCAGCAGCAACUGGUUAAUUAUUAUUCGUUUGAUGGCCCCGCGCAGCCAGAGCCGAGGGCGAAAAGCCCAGAGCGCCAGCAGCAAAAAGCCCCAAAGCUUUCUAUUAAAAGAACCCUUAACGCUCCAAAGCUGCCGCUGCUGCUGCUGCCGCUGCUGCUGCUGCUGCUGCUGCUGCUGCUGCUGCUGCUGCGGGCGUCCCACCUCGCCGAGCUCCUGGAUGCGGGUCUGGACAGUCCUGGCCUUGGUUUGGAUUUCUUUUCGGAUUUCGGGAAGAACAUGUUUGAUGUGGAGAAAAAGAACUCUUGUGAGUUUUUCCACCAAAGAAGGAAUGCCCCAGUACUGCUGCCCCAUGUGUCCAUACACCCCGUGGCUCUUGAAGUACUGCCGCUCUUCUUCCAGACACCGCUGCACACUUUUCCCCGCCUUUAUGUCCGCCUGCGAGCGGUUCUUCACGCCUGCAGCAGCAGCAGCAGCAGCAGCAGCAGCAGCAGCGAGAGCGGCUGUCAGCAGCAGCAGCAGCAGCAGCAGCGGCAAGAGCAGCACUGCAGCGGCAGCAGUAGCAGCGCGGCAGCAGCAGCAACCCUGCAGCUGCAGCAAGCGGCAAGAGCAGCACUGCAGCGGCAGCAGUAG